AUGUCGUUUGCUGGUGUAUCCGUCGUUGCAGACGGCAAGCUGCUGCAGCCGUCCACGGCAUCGGCCAUUUACUCCGGCACGGACAGCAGUGGCAGUUGGUGGUAUCACCUGCUUGUGGUACAAGGUUACUCCCGCACCAAAAACCUGCUGCCCAAUGGAGAGAGAAUCAAGGGUUGCUCCUUCCGAGCUGGAGGAUAUCAAUGGGCUCUGGAACUCUAUCCCAACGGUGAUGUCAUGGAUGCUGCCGGCUUCAUGUCCAUUUUUUUCAUCCUUGAUCAGGAUGUUGCACGGCCUGUGAAGGUGCAGCGCCAGUUUAGCUUAAUUGAUGAGGUUGACAAGCAGCAACCUGCACACAUCCGUGCAAGGAAAGCACGUGACUUCUGUGCACACAACGAUGGCUGGGGUCGAAGUCAAUUCAUAAAACAGGAGGACCUUGAGAAGUCAGAGCAUCUCAAGGAUGAUUGUUUCACCAUCCGGUGCGACUUUAUCAUCGCCGAAGCCGUCUCAGCUACCUUCAUUGAGGUUGGCGCCGAUGUGAUGUUUGAGGUAGGCCAUGAGAGUUUUGCUGCUCACCGAAACAUUCUCGCGGCUCGUUCCACCGUCUUCAUGGCGGAGCUCUUCGGCCCCAUGAAGGAGGGGACCACGGCGGGUGCCAUACAGAUACAAGACAUGGAACCCAACGUAUUCAACGCCUUGCUUGGUUUCAUCUACACCGAUUUGAUGCCCAAGAUGACAACGGUGUUUUAUCAAAAAAAGAUGACAAAGGUGGGAGGAGAAGCAGAAGCAGAAGGUGGAGCCGAUGAGGUUACGUGGCUGCAACACUUGCUUAUCGCAGCGGAUAGGUUUGAUCUCCAGCGGCUCAAGUCGAUGUGUGAAGAGAGGCUGUCGGAGUACAUAGAUUUGAGCUCGGUGACGUCCAUCCUUGGUCUGGCAGCACACCACCAUUGCCGCGGACUCAAGGAGGCCUGCCUGGAGUUCCUCAAAGUCCAAUCUGCUGCAAUCUUGGCAGGAGUCAUGGCGACCAGCGACUGGCAGCACAUAUCUGCCACUGACCCAUCCGUUCUGAAUGAGCUCAUCACCAAGCUUGCCUCGAAAGCGUAG